UAAUACUCGAACUAUCCUGGUUAGCUAACUUGGAGUGGUGGUAGUCGUGGACGGGGUGGUGGUGAUGACAGUUAGGAAAAUGAUGAGGGGUAAUAAAAAUAUCACUGCGUGGGUGUGCUUUCAUUUCUUUAGUUAUAGAGGGUAUAAGAAGAGAAAUUUGUUAUCCUUUUUGAUUUUACAAUUAAAAGUACUAUUGAACGAUAUGUUCAGAAUAAACAAAACCUUCACUCGCACAUUCAACGUAUUAUUUGUUUGUCUGGUAUGUUUAUUCAUCAGUACACUGACUAUGAGAAUAGACGAGGACUUUAUGGAUAUUUCAGACUGUACGCAGACAGAUUUGGGACUUUUGUGUCCAGGUGUAAGAGGAUUAUAUCGUCAUGGUUUCCUCUCUCGACCAAACAGAGCAGUAUAUUUCAGCCCAGACAGAAAUGUACAAAAGAAAAAUCGUAGAUUUGAUCAAGCAUUCUACUCUUACUAUGGAAAGUGAAUUUCAUUCAGCUGAAACAAAGAAGUGGACGCUUUGAUUUUAUUUUGACUUCUGACGAAAUUAUCAGUUAACCCAUAAAUUGUCAAAUAAAUGUAAUGCUUUUUAAAAUACAUUGAUUUUUUGUUAUCCUUCU